AUGUCCUACGGCACGGUGGCGACGCGGGAGCCGUCGGGCGCGGUGUCGCUCCAGAUCGAGGUGGGCGCGGCGCCCCGCCGGGCGUCGUUCUGGGCCGUGGCCUACAUGGUGCUCCUCGGCGACAGCGUGCGCGGCAUCUUCUUCCCGACGCUCUGGCCCCUCGUGAGCUCGCUCGGCGGCACGCGCGCGCACCAGGGAAUCAUCGUCGCCGCGUUCAGCCUCGGCCGCGUGCUCGUGUCGCCGUGGUACGGCGCGCACAGCACGAGGCACGGCUACCGGGGCGUGCUGCUCUUCGCGCACGGCGUCAUCGUCGCCGGCGCGCUGCUGUACACGCAGGUCCGGGGCCUCGCGUCGCUCUUCGCCGCGCAGGUCGUCCUCGGCCUCGGCUGCGGCACGCUGGGCGUGACGCGCGCGUACGUCGCCGAGUCCGUGCCGCGCGACCAGCGCACCGUCUACCUCGGGCGCCUCACGGCGAUGCAGUACGCCGGGCUCACGACGACGUCCUUCCUCGGGUCGCUCCUCAGCCGCUGCGGCGACGGGCUCGCGGCGCGCUACGGCGGCACGCGCGCGGGCGCGCUCCUGCGCCUCGACGGCCUGACCUUCGCCGCCUACGCGGUGCUCGCCGGCGCGCUCGCCGCCGUCGCGCUCCUGCUCGCGCCGACCUUCGUCGACUUCGUGCCCGCCGCGCGGCCGCCGGCGGCCGCGGCGGCCGCGGGCGCGGCGCCCGCGCCGCUCGCCGCGUCGGACGCGGCCGCGGACCGGCGCCACGCCCGCCUCGUGGCCGUCGGCCUCGUGCUCAACGUCGUCACCAAGGGCUCCAUCGGCUGCUACGAGACCCUGGGCGUGUCCUACGCGCAGGCCGAGCUCGGCCUACCGGGCCCGGUCGUCGGCUACUACGUGUCCGCGUCCGGCCUCGUCGGCGUGCUCUUCCUCCUCUCGUUCCGGCCGCUCGGGCGGCUCUUCGACGACGUCGAGCUCGUGCUCUACGGCAUCGCGGUCAUGGUCGCGUCCUGCGCGCUCAUGGUCCGGCCCGUCGCCGCGGCGCUCGGCGGCGGCGACGCGUUCCAGGUCUGGCUCACGGCGCUCUUCGCCAUGUACGCCGUCGGCUACCCCGUCGGCCACACGGCCGUCAUCGGCUGGUUCUCCAAGGCCAUGGGCCGCCGGCCCCAGGGCAUGCUCAUGGGCCUCUUCGCGUCCGCGGGGUCGCUCGCGCGCAUCGUCUUCCCGGUCUGCACGGGCCUCGUCGCCGUGUCCUUCGGCUCCGACGCGGUCUUCGCGACGCUCGCGGCGCUCCUCGGCGCGACGCUCCUCAUCAUCGCCUACUUCCGGGCGGCGUUCCGCGGCGCGAUCGCCUAG